AUGCCGGUCACCAACUUCACCAUUCCCGAAAAAUACGAGUAUCAGACUGGUUUCGCAGCCAAUUUAGAGACCGAGGCCAUCAAAGGAGCGCUCCCAAUCGGCCAAAAUUCUCCCCAGAAGUGCCCAUACGGCCUCUACGCAGAGAAAAUCUCAGGCACAGCAUUCACAGCACCUCGCUCUGAGAAUCAGCAAACAUGGGCGUACCGCAUUAUCCCGUCAGCUGUCCAUUCGUCGUUUGAGCCCGUCGCGUCAGGAAACAGAUUCAAGCCCGACUUCAACCAAAUCCCCAAUCAACUCCGAUGGGAUCCAUUCGACAUCAACCCAGAUGUCGAUUGGAUCGAGGGUCUUCACAUGGUCGCAGGAUCAGGCGACCCGGCUUUGAAGAACGGUGUUGCGUACUACAUUUACGGAGCCACGAAAUCCAUGAGCGAGAACACCGCGAUGGGCGAUUCAGAUGGCGACAUGCUUAUUGUGCCGCAGACCGGUGCGCUCGAUAUUGAGACCGAGAUGGGACGUCUUCUAGUACGCCCGAACGAGAUCUGCGUGCUUCCACGCGGCAUCAAAUACCGUGUCAAUCUUGUCAACGAUGAGCCUAUCCGCGGAUACAUCCUUGAACUCUUCAACGGACACUUCACACUACCCGAACUCGGCCCUAUUGGGUCCAACUGCCUGGCCAAUGCUCGGGACUUCCAAAUUCCCGUUGCGGCAUACACGCAUGACUCGAAGUCCAACUGGACCGUGUUCAACAAGUUUUGCGGGCAGUUGUUCACUAGUAAACAGGGUCAUACUCCAUUUGAUGUCGUUGCCUGGGAGGGCAGAUAUUAUCCGUAUAAAUACGACUUGGGUCGAUUCAACACGAUUGGAACCAUUUCAUAUGACCAUCCGGACCCUUCUCUGAAUACUGUCUUGACGGCGCAAUCAAAUGCUCACCCAGUCGGCGAGGACACCUUCCGGCCGCCGUCGUAUCACCGGAACUGCAUGAGUGAGUUCAUGGGUCUCAUUGAGGGAUCUUAUAUUGCAAAAGGGGCUGGAUCAGGAGGCUUCCAAGCCGCCGGGGCAAGUCUUCACAACUGCAUGAGCGCUCAUGGGCCAGACAAGGCGGCAUUCGAUAAGGCCAGCAAUGAAGAACUAGUUCCUGUCAAGGUUGGGGCGGGAAGCAUGGCGUUCAUGUUUGAGAGUUGCUAUAUGGUCGGUAUUACGGAUUGGGGCUUGAAGUCGUGCCAGAAAGUGCAGGCAGAAUAUAAUGAAGAGAGUUGGGGAGCACUGAAGGAUAUGUUCACACCCCCGGACCUCCCGUCUAGCACCUGA